AUGCCUGUCCAGUCUAGUGAAGACAGACUGCUUGUACAGGUUGCGUCUUAUAAUACAGCCCUCCAGGGCAACGACGGUCUGCCACAGAAUCUUGUAGACUGGCUCUCGCCAGCCUUCGAAGUAUCUAACUUCCUGGCUCGCGACCGUGCUCCUGAUAUCGUCGCUGUUGGUUUCCAAGAACUUCUUCCCCUUCAUCAAGGCUUGUCUGGCUUGUCGCGUCCGGUCAUCGAGAACAGGAACUCUCUUAUCCUUUCUCAAAUAGAGGAACACGCUACUAAUAAGGAACGAUAUACCCUUGUCGCCAAAGUCGUCAAUGUCGGCGUCGCAUUACUGGUUUAUGCGAAGGACACGGGUGUGGGGCGUAAAGUGCGCGAUGUACAGACCAAGUGGACCGGAUGUGGCCCAGGAUGGAUGGGCAACAAGGGUGGUGUUGGGGUUCGCUUUACUGUCGAAGGAGAGCAAGGUGGCGCGGGCGAGAUAUUCACAUUCGUAUGUGCGCAUUUGAACGCACACGAGCCGAAGCUCGCCCAACGCAUAGCAGACUUCCAUCACAUAGUCGGCUCCCUGCUCUUCGACCCCAUUCCGUCAUCAUCCUCACACGCACCCACAACUAUGUACUCCACAUCCCACCUCUUCUUCCUAGGCGACCUCAAUUUCCGUCUCUCCCUUCCCGCAACGCAUGCCCUUUCCGGUCCCAGCAAACGUCUUGACCUCGCAGCCGCACUUGACUCGUCUCAAGGCCGCGAAGAGCUUAAAGAGUACGAUCAGCUGUUAAUAGAACGACGCAAGAACCACGUGUUCCAAGGCUUUCGUGAAGGCGAGUUCUGGCAGUUCAAGUGUACGUAUAAAUACAGCCUGGGAGAGGUAGAUCGAUAUAGUACGAAGCGCACGCCUUCUUGGACCGAUAGAGUGUUGUAUACCACAUAUACUGAUUCUCCCCGGACACCGGAGAAAACGGAUAUUACGAACGUUCUCUACACCUCGAUCCCAUUCUACACGACCUCUGACCAUAAACCAAUCGUCUGCAUGCUCCUCCUCCCUGCACCACCCUCGACGCCUCACACAUCAAUUCCCCUCCUCCAACUCCCACCAAGCUACACGCCCACACCCGUCUCAUAUCCCAACCUCAAGCGUUACACCGGCCGUGUCCUAGAUAGGGUCGUCGGCCUCGUCUGGUAUUUGUUCGUCCUCAUCGGCGCGGGCAAUGCUGCGUUCGGGGUGGGCAAUUUUGUGCUUGGGCUGGGGGCGUGGACGUGGUGGCAGGGAAGGGCACCGACGUUGUCAGGAGAUGUGUGA